UUUUAAAAGAACAAAAAAAUAAAAAAAACAAAAAAAUAAAAAAUAAAAAGUCACCAUGGCUAGCGCAAGAAGUUUGGUUGCCAAGGCAAAUAACACUAAUGUAGGCUCAUUAAUCUUAAUGGCCUUGGUGUUAGGUUCUUGCAUAGCGAAUGGUGAAUAUCUCGGUGGCCGCCGUAACCUUGCCGCUGUUGCCGGCAGCGCUACGGUCUUUGAUAUUACUAAGAAUGGAGCAGUGGGAACUGGUGCCACCGAUUCUUCCAAGGCGUUUCUAAACACAUGGAUCCAAGUGUGUGCCAGUCCCACACCAGCAACGCUACUAGUUCCUAAAGGAGAGUUCUUGGCUGGUCCAGUAAUUUUUGCUGGUCCAUGCAAGAGCAAAGUGACCGUCGAAGUUCAAGGUACAAUCACCGCUCCACCAAGCGGAUACCCGACUCCUGAAUGGUUCUUAUUCGAACAUGUCGAUAAUGUCGUCCUCACCGGACCCGGCACAUUCCACGGCAAAGGUGAAGCCGUUUGGAAAGCAGAUGGCUGUGGUCAAAAGGCCAAUUGUAAUCUUCCUCCAACGUCUCUAAAAUUCAGAAACAUCUUAAAUCUUGACAUUUCCGGCAUUAGCUCGGUCAACGCAAAGGCCUUCCACAUGUUCUUGGUAAAAACUAAAAAUGUCAAUGUCCAAAACAUCAAGCUUACUGCCCCGGCUGAAAGUCCCAACACCGAUGGUAUCCAUUUGAGCAAUGCGGUCAACGUUCACAUCGCUGACAGUUUAAUAGCGACAGGAGACGAUUGUAUCUCAGUCGGUCGUGGUUCCACCAAUGUAACCGUCGAACGCGUGACUUGUGGCCCCGGACACGGCCUAAGUGUCGGUAGUCUUGGUAAGUACCCGAACGAGGAGAAUGUUGCCGGCAUUCACUUUAAGAACUGCACCUUAAAAAAUACCGACAAUGGUCUUAGAAUCAAGAGUUGGGGUGGUUCGUCUCCAAGCACAGCUGUGGACAUCACCUAUGAAGAUAUUAUGAUGACAAACGUCAAGAACCCUAUCAUCAUUGACCAGAACUACGGCACAAGAGGCGGAGAUUCAAAAGUUGCGAUAAGCAAUGUGCUGUUCAAGAACGUAAGAGGAACAACAAUUUCAAAAGAUGAAGUUCAGAUCAUGUGCAGCAAAUCAGUACCGUGCAAAGGAGUCAGCGUCGUUGAUGUGGAGUUGAACUUGGUAGGUGACAAAGGAGGUUUGGGCGGAGCUCUUUGUACUAACGCCAAUGUUAUCUUCGGUGGAAAACUUAGCUUCCCUAUGUGUCCCAAAUAAGCUUUUUGGUAUAAGUAAUUUGAUUUUGAAAAACAAAUCAAAAGUUUCCACAAACAUUUUUGGUUUUUGUUUGUGAGUUAGUUUGUGAGUUUAUCAACUAUAAUUGGAAUAUAUAUGACUUUUUGAUAAUUUUUUC